CUACCUCAUUUUAUGAAUUGCUGUCAGCUAUGGCUGGGGAACUCUGUUUGCUGCUCCUGUUUUCACUCUGUGGGAGUACGCUUUCCAAAGUGCAGCCUUUAUAUGAACCGCCUUCUGACACUCUGGAUUUUGGGUAUGUCCCUGCAAGGAUAUAUGAUACCAGCACAUAUUAUGAACCUGGCCUGAUAGGGAUUUUGUUUCGAGUGGUUCAUUCUUUCCUCUAUUUAGUACAACCAAACUAUUUUCCCCAAGAUCUCAUAAAAAAACUAGCACAGCAACAGUUUGGAAAAACACCAGCUGAUUAUCAAAAGCCAGAAAAUAUUGUCCUGACUCUUCAGGCGGUGUACUAUGAAAUCGGGUUUGUGGUUUCUGCCACAUUGGGGCUCCUAUUUGUUUUGCUGCUGCCCCUGGUAGGGCUUUGUUUCUGCAUGUGUCGUUGCUGUGAAAACUGCGGUGGGGAAAUGCACCAAAGACAGAAGAAAAAUGCGGAUUGUCAGCGGAGCUGCUUUGCCACAAUCCUUCUCGUUUCUUCUUUUGUAAUCAGUAUUGGAGUACUUCUUUCUUAUGCUGCUAACCAGCACCUCACAACUCAAGUCAGGGGAGCCAAGAACCUGGUGAACAGUAAUUUCAAAGACCUGAUGAUUUUCCUGAAUGAUACUCCAGGACAAAUUGAAUAUUUGGUAAGCCAGUAUAAUACUGCCAAGAAGAGAGCACUUUCUGAUCUUAACAAUGUGGGGCCGUUGCUUGGCCACAGAGUGCAGGAGAAGCUGGGGAAGCAAGUGCGCCCUGCGCUUGACAGCGCCCUGACUAUGGCAGGAGCUAUUAGAGAAACAAAGGAGGCAUUGGAGAAUGUGAAUGUCUCCAUGGAAGUCUUGCAAGAGGGCACCGAGAGGCUGCAGGGCAACCUAAUGGAAGUCAAGGGCCACCUGAUGAACACGCUCAACGAUUCUGCGUGCACCACUGCCCAGGCAGCUUCCAUCUGCAACGUCAUCAGGAACUCCUUGAGUCAGCUGAACAUCAACGCGAACUUCAGCCGAUUGCCUGGAGUGAGCGCUCAACUUGCCAAAGUCAAUGAAGUCCUUAAAAUAGACCUUUCCAGUCUGGUUCAAAAGGGUUAUGCAGCAUUUAACGAUACUCCUGAUUUGGUGCUCAAUCAAACAAGGAACAUUUUAUCAGAUAUAAAAAAUGUCCUGGAAGCCAUCGGUUCAAAUAUCACAGCUUUUACUAAAACACUUCCUGUCCAGCAGAUACUGACAAACAUCACUUUAUACCUUGCUCAGAGUGAGGCAUAUGUGGAAGAGUAUUUUCCUUUAGUGGAGCAGUAUGACUUCUACAGGUGGCUGUGUUGCUUAAUUCUCUGCUGCAUGGUGAUCCUCAUCCUUGUCUUUUACUUCCUGGGAUUGUUGUGCGGUACCUGCGGUUUUGACAAAAAUGCCACACCCACAACGAGAGGCUGUAUCUCCAACACUGGAGGGAACUUCUUGAUGGCGGGCGUGGGCUUCAGCUUCCUCUUCUCCUGGGCUCUGAUGCUGAUAGUAGUGGUCACUUUCGUUGCUGGGGGAAAUGUGGAGAAGCUGGUCUGCGAGCCCUUUGAAGACAAGGUGUUAUUCCAGAUCCUGGACACUCCCUACUUGCUGAAUUGGCACUGGAAACACUAUCUUUCUGGCGUAGUUUUUAAAAAUCCAAAUAUUAACUUGACGUUUGAAAAAGUUUACAGUGACUGCAAAGAAAACAAAGGGAUUUACACCUCACUACGCCUAGAAAACCUCUUUGAUAUCUAUGAAUUUUUGAAUGUGAGCAUGUAUGCAGAAGAAGUAUCACUGAAAAUCAAGCAAAUUAAUAUCAAUCUGAGCAAUAUUGUUUUGCUGGAUGAAACAGGAAAGGAGAACCUAUUGGAUUUCAGUGUCUCAGGAAUAAAUGAGAUAAACUUCGCAGCGUAUCUGUCGGAGAUCAACAAGAGUGUUACCAAAGUGGAUCUCUUGUCAUUUGCUAAUGACUUGGAAGCAAGCGCAGACCAGUUGCCCAAAGGAGCAUUAGAAAAUGCCUUGAAAGGGCAUGCAAACAAUAUCCGGAUGAUACAUAACCAGCAGGUUAUUCCAUUGGAGCAAGCGAUGAAAUAUGUUAGAGCUAGGAGCACUUUAAACCAGAGCAUUAGGUUACUGCAAAAGACAUCAUCUGAACUUUCCGGAAAAGUGAAAAAUGUGAUCGGUGCAGUUGAGGAUGCUCAGCACCUUAUAACCAAUAAUGCUUCAUUAGUUAUUGUUGAGGAAACUAAAAGGUACAUGGACACUAUAAUAGGCUACUUCAAGCAGUAUGCUGCAUGGGUCAAGGAAUCGAUUAUGAUGGAAGUGGCGACGUGUAAGCCUAUUGCCAAUGUGAUAGAUACAGCCAUAGAGAUAUUUUUAUGCAGCUACAUAACAGAUUCUUUGAAUGCCUUCUGGUUUGGUUUGGGAGGCUGUAUGGUAUUUCUAAUCCCUGCCAUCAUUUGUGCUGUGAAACUCGCCAAAUACUACCGGAGGAUGGACACAGAAGAUGUGUACGAUGAUGUUGAAACUAUGCCCAUGAAAAAUUUGGAAAAUGGUAAUAAUGGUUAUCAUAAAGAGCAUUUAUAUGGUUUACACAAUCCAGUUAUGACCAGCUCUGUUGAGCAGUGGUAGUACAGACCAGACAUACUAAGGGUUCUCCUGUGAAACACAGCAUCUUUCCAACCGAUGUCAAGUUCCGUAUUUACAUUCUGAAUCCUGAGACCGCCUCAUUUGGGGCCUGUGGGCUAAAGUAAUGCUGAAUGGAAGCUACCGA